CUCCUGCCCACCCUCCAUCCUCGGACAGCAGUCAGGAACCUGACACUGCAACCAGACCUUCCCUACACCCUCACCAUGAAGGGCCCCCUGCUUGGACCCAUAUUUUCCCGGCAUGUGAAACGGCAUCCCGGACUCAUUCCCCUCAUUGGCUUCAUCAGUGUUGGCCUGGGCAGUGCUGUGCUGUACUUGCUGAGGUUGGCCCUGUACAGCCCAGAUGUCAGCUGGGAUCGAAAAAAUAAUCCUGAACCAUGGAAUAAGCUGAGCCCCACGGACCAGUAUAAAUUUCUGGCAGUUUCCACGGACUACAAGAGCCUCAAGAAGGACCGUCCCAGUUUCUGAGCUGCCCAGGGGAUGUGCUGCAGCACUGGGACAGGGGAGAGUGUGCCCACCCCUAGCAGUGCCACUGCCUCCCCCACCACCCUUCCUGCUUCUUGCCUGCCCCACAGCUCAGAAGCAAAUCACUGCAUACACACAGAGUCCUGGAUGCUUCCCCAGCACCCCCAAUAAACUGCAUCACCCCCCCCAAUAAACAGCA